AUGGUGUCGCUCCUGAAGUUUGCAGCGAACUCCUACAGCUACGCCGCCCCGGCCACGCAGGAGUACGUCCAAUCCACUGUCUUCACACCACUUGGGUUCAGUCCGUCACGCACCUCUCUCUUUGCGUCUCCGCCACGUACCACGAACCUCCGCUUUGUGGGGGCGGGAACGCUUGGCCUGGAGGCACAAGCACGCGAGGCAGUCGAGAAGCUGCAGGGACACCCGCAUUUUCGCGCCGAUCUCCUGGAUGAUUGGGGGAUGCCGUAUUGCUUAACUGUGUCGCCAGUGACGGAGGGGACAGCAGAGGCAGAUGCUGCAGCAGCGUCAACUCUUGAGAUCACUGCCGAGGGAUGCGUACCAAUAGUUGUGGUAAAUGUGGGUUGUGCCGAGGCUGUUCUUCGAGGAAGUGAUGUGUUCGCCCCUGGAGUUUCCUCCAUCCUGGGUUCUGUGGUUUGUGGCCAACGCGUCUGCCUCGCUCUGCAGCUUCGACCUGCCAAAACGGAAAAUUCGGUUUCUGGUGAAGAAGAGGGUGGUGACGGACUGUUGGUGUGUGUGGGCUAUGGGACUGCCUUGAUGAGUCGUCGAGCGAUCCUUCAGAGCCAGCAGAAGGGCGGUGUGGCCGUACGGACGGAGUGGACGCCAAUGGGGCAGCCCUCCAAGUCACUGUUGUCGCAGCUUCUCAAGGCUGUGGCGGACGACGCAACAGUGACAAGAAACUCAGUGGAGGGUGGCGUCUUCUUCCUGCAGAACUACUCGAGCAUGGCGGCUGUUGAGGUUCUUCUGAGGCAGCUCGGUGAUGACGUCUUCCAGGGCGAGAAGCCCCUAAAUUUUUUGGAUGCAUGCGCGGCGCCAGGCGGCAAGGCAAGCCUUCUCCUUUCUCUGCUGAAUGAACGGGUUCAGGGGACUUCUCUCUGUGAGAAUGGUAACAGGGAGAAGGACGAGGAAAAGGGGAAGGGUCCGGACUUCACUCUAGUUUGUUGUGAGCGCAGUCCGACUCGAUACCAGCGGCUUCUCAAUCUUCUGGAACGCCACCUUGGGGCAUCCUUUGUGCAACGUGUCGUGCGGCCCUUCUGCGGGGAUGUCAACAAACUUCAGAAUGUGAUGGACGGCGGGUGUGAGUUUCACGGCAUUCUACUGGACCCGCCGUGCACCGGCAUGGGACUACGGCCCAAACUGAGCCCACACGCUACUACCGUUAAAGGGAUACGUGACUCAGCAGACUACCAACGCAAGUUGUUUGACACAUGUGUAAAGAUGCUACGGCGUGAGGGGAUGUCUGUGCUGGUGUAUAGCACCUGCACCAUCACCCUCGACGAGAAUGAGGCCAACGUGUUGUGGGCCCUCAACACGUAUCCCUGCCUGCGGCUUGCACGGGCCAAGACGGAGCACGACAGACGGUUGUGUUCUCUCAGCACUACAAACUUCGCCGAUGGCCGUCGUUUUUUGCUUCAGUCUGAAAUCAACGAGGCACAGCGUCGCAACGAACUUCGUAUCGGUCAGCGUACAUUAGCUGAAUAUAAUGUGAGGGACGAGGAUAAACAGAAGAUGGUGAAGGAGGGAGGUAAUGCAUGGGAAGAAGACCCGUUGAUGCUGCUGCGGUUUAUGCCAGGUUAUGCAGUGGAUGAGGAAGAUGGCGUUGGAUUCUUUGUGGCUGUUUUUCUCUGCGAACGCGGGAGGCCUUGA